CCAUUCGCAAACGUCUUGUUCCUUUAGCUCCCCCCAAUUUUAGCCCAAGGGUCCACGUCCCCAAAUUGGGCCGCAUCCACACCCAGCCAACUUCGAGGCCUGGCUGUAAAAACCACUGAGCACAGGGAAUCCAGAAGCUGCCCUCCAGCCACUCCAGGGAACAAGUUAGCAAUUUCCACCAGGCUGCCCAGAACGUCACCAGCCACAGGCGCUUCUUCUGAGUGCUCAGAUCUCCGGAAAACCGGGGAGCUUUCCUCUCUCCCACGGGAGAAAUCAGCCGCCAAGGGGCGAGCGCGAGAAGCAGCCACACGGCGGAGACCUGACCAGCCGCAGUGCCACCGAGGGCCUGCGGGGGGCGCACACGGCCCGGCCCCGAGGGGGGCGGGGGGAGCACUGGCGGGGGCGGUGAACUCCGAGUUGGGCGCUUCCUGUUCCGGCGCCAGGAGGAGCCGCGCGCUGUUGGUGUUGCUGCUGGUGCUGCUGCUGCCGUCGUCGCCGUCGCCGCUGCUGUCAGUCAAACUGCCUCGGUUUUUCAGCGACCUGUUCCCUCGGACCCAUCGCCGCUUCUAGACCUUGCUGUGGGCUCGCAUCUUGCCGGGUUUGGAGAGUUCAGCUUGUCCAGAGCCAGCCAGUGAAGAACUGCUGUUUGUCUAGAAAAUGUCUGAUGAAUUUUCGUUGGCAGAUGCGCUACCUGAACACUCCCCUGCCAAAACCUCUGCUGUGAGCAACACAAAACCUGGCCAACCUCUCCAAGGCUGGCCAGGUUCCAAUCCUUGGAAUAACCCAAGUGCUCCACCUUCUGUGCCAUCUGGACUUCCACCAAGUGCAACACCCUCUACUGUGCCUUUCGGACCAGCACCAACAGGAAUGUAUCCCUCUGUGCCUCCCACUGGACCACCUCCAGGACCCCCGGCACCCUUUCCUCCUUCUGGACCAUCAUGCCCCCCACCUGGUGGUCCUUAUCCAGCCCCAACUGUGCCAGGCCCUGGCCCCACUGGGCCAUAUCCUACACCAAAUAUGCCCUUUCCAGAGCUUCCACGACCCUAUGGUGCACCCACUGAUCCAACUGCAGCUGGUCCUUUAGGUCCAUGGGGAUCCAUGUCUUCUGGACCCUGGGCACCAGGGAUGGGAGGGCAGUAUCCUACCCCUAAUAUGCCAUAUCCAUCUCCAGGGCCAUAUCCCGCACCUCCUCCUCCCCAAGCACCAGGCGCAGCACCACCUGUUCCAUGGGGCACUGUUCCACCAGGAGCCUGGGGACCACCAGCACCGUAUCCUGCCCCUGCAGGAUCCUAUCCCACUCCAGGACUCUAUCCCACUCCCAGUAAUCCUUUUCAAGUGCCUUCAGGACCUUCUGGUGCUCCACCAAUGCCUGGUGGCCCCCAUUCUUACCAUUAAGUUAACAAUGGAUGAAGAGAUGACGCUUUCCUUUUUGAAGUACAUAUAUAUGCACAUGAAUGCAUAUAUAUAAAAAUCGCUGGUUUCACUAUUAGAGGGCAUUCAUGAAAGAACAACUCUUGCACCUCUCAGAGAAGAUAAUCUGCCUCUUGUACUUGGACGUAUAGUAUGUCAGAUGGAUACAAUCAGAUAAAAAUGUAAAGUAAAUCAUUCAAAUGUGAUUUUUAUUCAGUUUUUAUGGAAAGUUAAAGUAAUUAAGUAUAUUGAAUAGCUCUUUGAUACAAUUUGUUUGAAACAAAUUUUGGAUUUGUUUAAAUUAUGAAAUUCCACACUUAAAAAUCUAAGAUGAUGUGGAUUGUUGUUAGAAUCUGCAACCUCAUUGGCAAAUAUUUCAAGUAUUUUUCUAUAAUAUAAUCACUUUUUUCCCUAAAUAAACACACUUUGAAGACA